AUGAGCAAUCAGGAGGUGACUUAUUCAAACUCAAGAGUUUUUGUGUCUUCUUCAGAGUCACAGAAUCCAAUCAAGCCUAAUGAGACUCAAGGUCCCAGAGAGGUUGGACACAAAGUUUUUCAGUACAGUCAAGAAAUAUAUAAAUUGCAGAGAACUCUAAAUAAUCUACGUCAAGAGUACAGCACCAUGCAAAAUGACAGUUACUUAAUGGAAGAAAUGUUGAAAAAUAAGUCUAUAGAUUAUGAGGUCCUCAAACACGAUCUGGACACACUCAACAGAACACUGAACAGAUGCUACCAGGAAACUAAAUUUGUAGAUUCCAAACUGCACAGAGGCGAACGGGUUGAAGGACACUGGUUCUGCUGUGGCAUAAAAUGUUAUUAUUUCAUCAUGGACAAAAAACGCUGGAGUGUAUGUGCAAAGACCUGCCGGGACUGCAGCUUAUCCCUUUUGAGGAUAGAUGAUGAUGAUGAACUGAAGUUCCUUCAGCUGCAAAUUAAGCCGAACAGUUACUGGACUGGGUUAUCAUAUAACCCAAGAACAAGGAAAUGGCAAUGGAGUGACGAUGGCCCAUCUAAUCUUGACUUGAACACAGCGAAAUUUGAUCAUUAUACUGGAACAUGUGCAUUUUUAUCUAGAACAAGACUAGAUAAUGAUAACUGUGACCAACUCUACCCCUGUAUCUGUGAGAAGAGACUGGAUAAAUUCACUGAUUCAUCCUGCAGCAAGAGCUAA